AUGGCUGAGAGGAUCAGCAAUGGAUUAGUUAGUUCAGAACAAGGUUCCAUAAGUCUUGAGGAGUAUACCCCAUUUUGGAUGGUGAAGUGUGACAACUAUAGGCUUGAGUUUCUUCAAGGAAUGCACCUCUUGCCUGACAAACUUGACCCACAGAGUGUGGCUUGCUUUUUCAGGUACACUGCUGGGUUAGAUAAGAACCUUGUUGGGGAUUUAGUGGGCAAUCAUGACAACUUUUGUGUUCAGGUCCUUCAUGAAUUUUCCGGGACGUUUAAUUUCCAAGACAUGAAUCUGGAUACUGCGGCUGUGUUCUGGAAACUUUCAGACUGCCUGGAGAAUCACAAAAGAUACAAAGGAUCAGCACAAUGUACAAAAUUGUACUAUGCAAUCUGCAAGAAUGAGAUACGCACAAUCCCAGAACAAGGUGCUGGUUUCCCUGAAAUGACACCAAACCGUUGGAUUGAUCUAAUGCACAAAUUUAAUAAAACUGCACCAUUCAUUGUGUCAGAUUCCAGAGCUCAUCUGGACCGUGAUAUGUUUGCUAUAAUGUCAGGCCCAACACUUGCGGCUAUUUCUGUGGUAUUUGAUCAUGCAGAAUUUGAAGAUGUAUACCAAACAUGUACUGAUGGAUACUUAGCUGUUGCAAAGGUUUCUGCAUGCCACCAUCUUGAAGAUGUUCUGGAUGACUUGGUGGUGUCUCUUUGCAAGUUCACGACCCUGUUGAACCCGUCUUCUGUUGAGGAACCUGUUUUAGACUUCGGUGAUGACACAAAAGNGAGAGAGAAAGAGGAAUACCCACAUGGGGUCCGCACGGGUGAAUUCUUGCAAUAA